AUGGCCCCCAAGCACAUGAACCUCACCCGCCCCACCCCUACGGUCUGGCAGAUCUCCCUCAACUCGCCCCCCGACAACCGCCUGCACCCGGACCUCCUCGCCGAGCUCGGCUCCUUCCUCGACAUUGUCGAGGCCGAAUGGCGCGAGCAGGGAGACAAGUACAAGGGUGCCGGUGCCCUCGUGCUUACGUCGGACAUUCCCAAGUUCUUCUCCAACGGUCUCCACCCGUCGUCGCUCGGUGACCGUGGCGGCUUCUUUGAGAACGUCUACGACCCCAUUACCUACCGCCUCAUCACCUUCCCUCUCAUCACCAUUGCCGCUGUCAACGGCCACGCCUUCGCCGGCGGCAUGGUCCUCUCGCUCUGCUGCGACUUCCGCGUCAUGACCGGCAACAGGGGCAUGAUGUCAAUGAACGAAAUCUUCCUCGGCGUGCCCCUCCCCAACUCGUUCAACACGCUCCUCAAGCAGCGCAUGUCGUACCCUGCGCUCCGCGACACGCUCCUCGGCAAGCGCUGGAAGCAGUCCGAGCUGCUCGCCGCGGGCAUCAUCGACGAGAUUGUCGACGACUCCAAGGACCCCAAGGCCGUCGUCAAGCGCGCCAUCGAGCUGGGUACCGAGGAGGGACCCAAGGUCGCCAAGGGAGCCUGGGGCGGCAUCAAGGAGGGUGUGUACCACGACUACAUUGACUCGUCGCGCUCCCACCGCCAGCUCUGGCUGCCGGACCAGAAGGAGAAGGCGUUCUGGGACCGUCUGGACCGCAACAACAAGGCCAAGCUUUGA